AUGGCAAUGACCUACUUCAAACGCUGGUCCGCCCUCCCUCCCUCCCCAACCCCCUCUCUCAACGACUCCCUCUCCUCCUCCUCAUCCAGCACCAUCAGCACCCCACCCCGCAGCCCUACGCCCUCCUCUACCACGCGUCUCUUCUCUGCUCUAAAAUCCAGCACCACCUUCCCCCUUUCCAUCCGCAAAGUAUCCUCGCCAUGGCACUCCACCACUACCGUGCAGCCACACAUACCCUAUCUGGACAGCGCCAGCCACGCAGGUUCAACCACAUCCCUAUGCACCAACGCGGAUCCCACAGCCACCGCAGGGUGUGCGAAACAAAAAAGCAACGAGAAGAGGGUGCUGGCUUGGCGCAGGGAGACGAGGACACUACAGAUGGAGUACGAGAGUUUGCCGUUGAGGAGGAGGAGGGAGGCGCUGGAGAGAGUUAAUGAGGGGAGGGCCAGGUUGGGGUUGCCGAGGAGGAGCUUGGGAGGGCUGGGAGAAUGA